AUGUUGCGUCGACUACACUGUCAAAAGUGACAGAUAAUUGCAGAAAAUUGAGGUUAUAAAACAAAACAGUGAUAUUUUUCCCAAUUUCAAUUAAAAUUAUAAUUGUUUUUGGUUAUAAUUUCUAAUCAAGUAGUCUGAAUCAGGUUCAUGGAACCAUGAAGAAAAUACCGGAGCAGAAGUUGCAAGCUUUCUCUGCCGGCUCAAUGGGAGCCCGGAAUUUGUCAAAGAAAGAGCUAGAAGAAUUACGGAAGAAGGAAGAAGAGGAAGCUGCAGCUCAUGUGUUCAAAGAAUUUGUGGAGACAUUUCAAGAAGCACCAAGCACCACCUCUAAGGUUUGGGUGAAAGCUGGAACGUAUGAUGCUGGUGCUAGAAAGGAAGACACCUCAGAGCGUGGUAAGCUCUACAAGCCUACAUCAAGAUUUGAGGACAAGCGCCCCAGCGCCGAGGAUGUUGUCCGGAGUCUGGCGCAACGCUCCACCGAGCAGACCAGGCUCAGAGCCAAGCAGAGCAAGGAUAAGAAGAAGAGUAAUCUUGAACUGUUUAAGGAGGAAUUGAGAAUGAUACAGGAAGAGCGCUCAGAGCGGCACAAAUAUAAAAAUGUUCUGCGAGAACGGGGCGCUCCUGUUGGCGCCGAGCCAGCGUCGUUGGAGCUCCUGCCUGACGUCGGCUCUUACGACACUGGAGACCCCAACACAACCAAUUUGUACCUGGGCAACCUCAAUCCUAAGAUAACAGAGCAGCAGUUAAUGGAGAUCUUCGGCCGCUACGGGCCGCUAGCUAGCAUCAAGAUCAUGUGGCCGCGCUCAGACGAGGAGAAGGCCCGGGGCCGCAAUUGUGGCUUCGUCGCUUUUAUGAGUCGCCGCGACGGCGAACGAGCCCUGCGCUGUAUCAAUGGCAAGGAGAUAAUGAGCUACGAGAUGAAGCUGGGGUGGGGCAAGGCCGUGGUGAUCCCGCCCGUGCCUAUCUACAUCCCGCCCUCGCUGCAGACGCCGUGCCAGCCGCCGCCGCCCUCCGGCUUGCCCUUCAACGCGCAGCCGCCUAAGCAUAGGGCCAAUAAGAUACCGCGAGUCAGGCCGGGCGAGUACUACCCGAGCGACCCGGAGGACAGGGAGGCUUACGAGGAGAUACUUUCACAGUCGAUAGUCAAAGUAGUGAUUCCAACUGAGAGAAACAUCCUAAUGCUGAUCCACCGCAUGGUGGAGUUCGUGAUCCGCGAGGGCCCCAUGUUCGAGGCCAUCAUCAUGAACAAGGAGAUGAACAACCCGUUCUUCCGGUUCCUGUUCGAAAACCAGUCCCCGGCCCACGUCUACUACCGCUGGAAGCUGUUCUCCAUGCUGCAGGGCGACUCACCCAAGCAGUGGGCCAACAACGACUUCCGCAUGUUCAAAGGUGGUUCAGUAUGGCGUCCCCCGGUCAUGAACCUGUAUACCGCGGGUAUGCCGGACGAGUUGGUCGACGAGGACGAGUCCAAGGAGAAUAUUAGAGGCACGCUGUCCAACAACCAACGCGAUCGCCUCGAAGAACUAAUACGGGGGCUCACCCCGAACCGCACGGCCAUCGGCGAGGCAAUGGCGUGGUGCCUCGAGCACGCCGAGGCGGCCGGCGAGGUCACGCAGUGCCUCGCCGAGUCGCUGGCCGGCGAGAACACCGCGCCGCACAAGCGAGUAGCCAGACUGUAUCUGCUGUCGGAUAUACUGCACAACGCCCAAGCCAAGAUGACUAAUGCCAGCGCGUUCAGGAGCGCCAUCCAAUCCCGCCUGCUCGACAUAAUGCGCGAGUGCCACGUGGCGUGGUUGCGCAUGAGCUCCCGGCUGCAGCAGGAAGGGUUCCGAGCGCGCGUCACCCGCAUACUGCAGGCCUGGGCCGACUGGGCCGUGUACCCCGCCGACCUGUUGUUGGCGGCCAGUGACGCCUUCCGCGGACGGACGGACACGGACAAGAACAUAGACGGCGUGUCGGAGCCGGGGUCGGGCGGGUCGUCCCCCGCGUCGGGCGGCUCGUGGGCGGGCGGCGGCGCGGGCCCGCUGGACGGCGCCGCGCUGCGCCGCCUCGCCGCCGGCCGCCAGCCGCCGCCCACAGACAUCGACGGCGUGCCGGUGGAAGAAGAGGAAGAUAUCGACGGGAUACCCUUAGAGGUGGAAAAGUCCCGCCCCGUGGGGGGCUUCAUCCCCUCCAAGUGGGAGAGCGUGGAGCCCACGGACUCCUGGCCCGAGCCCGCGCAGCCCCCGCCUGCACCCUCCAUCACUCCCACUACCACCGCCAACACAUCGAUGUCAGAAGAACUUUCCCUAAAACGCUCAGUACUGCGCGACAUCGAGGUCAAAGUCCUAAAGUAUGCCGACGAGCUCGAGGCCGGGCACCGUGCGCGCCGCCCGGGGCUCACGCCGCAGCAGCAGCUACAACACUACCGCCGGAAGCUUAUUAAAAAGGCGUCCCGAGAAGCGAAAGAGGCAGUAGAAGAAUCAUUAGAGUUGCCCUCGCCGAGGCGACGGCUCUCUCCCGAAGACGACACAUACUCGACCUCAUCGAAAAAGUCCAAGAAAUCUCGCGAUGCAUCCCUCUCGCCACCUGUGAAGAGAUCGCGGCACAGUGAGCGCAAGUCCCGAUCCCGCUCGCGCGACCGCGAACGCUCGGGCGAGCGCCGCGAGCGCGAGCGAGAGCGCGAACAUCGGCGGCGCCGCUCCCCCGCCACGCCGCCCGCGCACCAUCAUAGGAAACACGCCAAACACUCUAAAUACAAAUACUAGUCUAUUACCAUACUA